GUUGAACUCAAACCGGAUGCGUAAAGUGUCAACAACAUGCUAACACGUGUGAGCCGGUGGAGGAAGAAGCAUGUGUAACAUUAACCACAUAUUUUUACUUCUGGGGAGAAAUAUUAGUCAUUAAAAAGAAGAUAUAUAUAUAUAUAUCUGCGUUUAAGGGUUAUUCAGAAAAAUGAAGUUUGCGUAUAAGUUCUCCAACCUGCUCGGAGCAGUGUAUCGUCAGGGCAACCUGAGCUUCUCCAAGGAUGGAAACGCUGUGAUCAGUCCGGUUGGAAACAGAGUCUCUGUGUUCGACCUGAAAAACAACACGUCUGAGACGUUACCCGUCUCCACCAUCAAAAACAUAACGUCCGUGGGUCUCUCUCCUGACGGCGCUUUAGCCGUCGUGGUGGAUGAAGACGGCGCGGCGCUGUUGGUCAGCCUCGUCACCCGAGCCGUGCUCCAUCACUUCCACUUCCACAAGCCCGUGAGCAGCAUCCGCUUCUCCCCCGAUGGCAGGAAGUUCGUGGUGACAAAGGAGAACGUCGCUCUGAUGUACCACGCUCCCGGAAAGCAGCGCGAGUUCAACGCCUUCGCGCUGGACAAGAGCUACUACGGCCCCUACGACGAGACCACCUGCAUCGACUGGACGGACGACUCCAAGUGUUUCGUGGUGGGCAGCAAAGACAUGUCGACGUGGGUGUUUGGUGCAGAGCGCUGGGCCAACCUCAUCUACUACUCCCUCGGGGGACACAAGGACCUCAUCGUGGGCUGCUUCUUCGAGAAGGACAGCCUGGACCUGUACACGGUGAGCCAGGACGGGACGCUGUGUGUGUGGGAGAGCGACACCGAGCUGGACGAGCUCGUCCUGAAGAAGCACCGGGACGAACCCAAGCCCCCGAGGCAGGGAGAGGAAGAGGAGGAGGAGGACAGAGCGGAGGGAGAGGUCAUCAGGGGGAAGGCCGGCGCUCCCGACGAGAAGGACGCGACCAAAAACGUUCGCUACAAACAGAUGAGCAAACACUUCUUCAACAAGGAGGGCGACUUCAACAACCUGACGGCGGCCGCCUACCACAAGCCGAGCCGCAUCCUGGUCACCGGCUUCGCCUCGGGGAUCUUCCACCUGCACGAACUCCCGGAGUUCAACCUCAUUCACUCGCUGAGUAUUUCCCAGCAGAGGAUCACCUCGGUGGCCAUAAACAGCUCUGGGGACUGGAUCGGCUUCGGGUGCUCAGGGAUGGGUCAGCUGCUGGUGUGGGAGUGGCAGAGCGAGUCGUACGUCUUCAAGCAGCAGGGCCACUUCAACAACAUGGCGGCGCUGGCCUACUCCCCCGACGGGCAGUACAUCGCGACGGGAGGCGACGACGGCAAAGUCAAGGUGUGGAACACCAACAGCGGCCUGUGCUUCGUGACCUUCACGGAGCACACCAGCAGCGUCACCAACGUCACCUUCACCUCCAGCGGCUUCGUCGUCGUCAGCGCCUCGUUGGACGGGACGGUCCGGGCCUACGACCUGCACAGGUACAGGAACUUCCGGACGUUCGCCUCGCCGCGGCCGGCGCAGUUCGCCUCGCUCGCCGUGGACGCCGGCGGCGAGCUGGUGAGCGCCGGGGCCCAGGACUCCUUCGAGAUCUUCCUGUGGUCCAUGCAGACCGGCAGGCUGCUGGAGGUCCUCGCGGGCCACGAGGGUCCGGUUAGCUGCUUAUGUUUCAGCCCGGUCCGGUCCAUCCUGGCCAGCGCCUCGUGGGACCGCACCGUGCGGCUGUGGGACAUGGCGGACAGCUGGCAGGUCAAAGAGACGCUGCCCCUCACCUCCGACGGUCUGUCGGUGACCUACCGGCCCGACGGCCAGGAGCUGGCCGUGGCCACUCUGAACGGGGAGAUCUCUUUCUGGAACCCGGACACCGCCUCGCAGACCGGCUCCGUGGUCGGGCGCCACGACCUGGAGACGGGCCGCAAGGAGACGGACAAGAUCUCCGCCAAGCAGUCGGCGAAGUGCAAGUCCUUCACGUCGCUGUGCUACUCCGCGGACGGGGACUCGGUUCUGGCGGGGGGCCAGUCCAAGUUCGUCUGCAUCUACAACGUCAAGGAGCAGAUGCUCAUGAAGAAGUUUGAGAUCUCCUGCAACCUGUCCUUCGAUGCCAUGGAGGAGUUCCUGGACCGGCGGAAGAUGACGGAGUUCGGCAGCCUGGCUCUGGUGGACGAGGGAGCAGGAGACGGGGACGGGGUGAACAUCAGCCUCCCCGGAGUCAGGAGAGGUGAUAUGAGUUCUCGACACUUCAAGCCGGAGAUCAGAGUGAGCUCGCUGCGGUUCUCCCCCACGGGUCGCAGCUGGGCGGCCACCACCACCGAGGGCCUGCUGGUCUACUCCAUGGACGGGUCUCUGGUCUUUGACCCCUACGACCUCGACCUGGACGUGACGCCGGCCAGCAUACGCAAGCAGCUGCGGCUCCAGGAGUGGGCGUCGGCCAUCGUCCUGGCGUUCAGACUGAACGAGAAAGCCCUGAAGCAGGAAGUGCUGGAGACGGUUCCACACGCGCAGGUCCCGGUGGUCUGCGGCUCUCUGCCUGACAUCUACGUUGAGAAGCUGCUGGGCUUCGUGGCGGCGAGUCUGGAGAAGUCUGGUCACCUGCAGUUCUACAUGACGUGGGCCCAGAGCCUGCUCAUGCUGCACGGGCAGAAGCUCAAGAACAGGUCUGGAGCCAUACUGCCAACGCUCCAGGCGCUCCAGAAGAGCAUCCAGAGGCACUUUGACAGCCUGUCCAAACUGUGUGAUUUUAACAUGUACAACAUUCGUUACGCGGCGGCCCUGUCGAAGCAGAGGGGCGUAAAGAGACAAGCUGAGGAAGAGGAGGAGGAGGAAGAUGAUGAAGAGCUGUCAGAGGAGAUGAGCGUGGCCUCCCUGGAGGAUGCAGACAUAAUGCUGUAGGCCUGAAGCCAAUCCCACAUGACUGAUACAGGACAAUAAUGAACUACAUUUAACAGCAAACAAAAUAUCUACUUAAACUGUUGUUUUUUAAAUAAAUACAUGUUUGUUA